AUGGGAAGCCGCGGGGCUGCUGCCCAACCCGAGGGGGAAGGUAACGCGCUGUGGAAACGUGCGGGCCGCCCUCGCCGACCCCAGCCCUGCUCUGGCGCGGAGCCGGAGCCCAUGCAGCUUGGUUCCAUCCCCCGCCCCUCCCCUGUCCACAGUGCGCCGCCCGCCAGCGAGCCUUCGACGUGGCUGCAGGGGCGCCGGGACCACCCUCCCCCGAUACCCACAGCCCCGCCAUGUCUACGUUCUCCCGGCCCUGUCUCCUCACCGCCGCUGCCGCCGCCGCCGCUCUCCGGUCGGAGAUUCGGCGGCCCAGACCUUGUCCUGGCCGGGAACCGAGGGCUCCGCCUCAACGGGCCCGUGCUCGGCAACAGGGAGCUGAACGAGCUUGGUUCGGCGCGUGCGGCUCCCGCGUCGUCGGGCAGCCGAGCGCGCGCUGAGAGGACCGGCGGGCGAGCGAGCGCGCACACGAGAAAGCGCAGCCCCAAAGCGGCGCGCAGGGGUCUUGCGGCCCGGAAGAGGGGAGGGGCGAUGACCCGGGAAAGGGUUGGCGCCGCGCGGGAUCGGCUCGCGCGCCUGAGGGGCGGUGCCGUGGGCGGGGCUUCGCCUCGAGGCCGCCCCCAAGCCCCGGGCCUCGCCGCGCGGGGGACUACACACCCUCGUCCUGCCUAGACCCAGGCUCAGACCUUCCUCUGCGACGGCGCGGCCCUUAGCACCGCCGGUUCCUUCCCCGGCGAAGAGUCGCGCUGAGGAUCUGUGGGACCCCCGCCCGGCUGACCUAGGUGAGGAUACAAGAAGACAGCAAUCCACAAAGCAUACCCUCACCAGACACCAGAUCUGCUGGCACCUUGAUCUUUAACUUCCCCACCUCCAAACUAGAUGGGAUUUUACCAUGCUGCCUAGGCUGUUCCUGAACACCUGGGCUCAAGAUGUCCACCCACCUUGGCCUCCCAAAGUGCUGAGAUUACAGGUGUGAGCCACUACACCCAACCAAAGUGAUGACUCUUUAUUUUGGAAGUAUUGAUUAAUUCUGGACUCUUUAUUUCUGUGAUGUAUUUUUUAUUCAGUUUUAUUGUUUUGUAGGCAGAUAAUUCAUUAAAUACAUAACUAAAUGUUUUAAACAAUA